AAAAGGGACGGGCAAUUCAUUCCUUGAUUCCUUACGGGCGGCGCAAGGGAAGGAGAACCUGCAGCCGGGGCUCUUUUCACAAUACUCAUGUUUUAGCGCGAUUGCUGCCAUGGCAACAUCCUGUUGAAUUCUGGGGUUUGUGGUUUCCUAAUGCCCAAGAGCUUCCUCGCUGGAUGAGGAUGCCAAGCGCCUUCCGCCCCUCAAGCAGGGCUUCCUCGCCCUUUUGGUUCCAUUGACCCCUUCUCAGAAGCAUCGUCAUCCUGAACGAUGCUAUCUCUGGACCAGAUCCACACUGACCCACCCCCCACCCCCAAGGAGCUGGACUGGGCCGAGCAGGGGUUCCUGCCUCCCCUGAGCCCUCUGCGCUGUGCUUGGCGCCGGGAUGUGCCUCUGGACUGCAAGAUCAGCCCAGAGGAUGCCCAGGCACGCGCCUGGACAGCCUACUACUAUGACCUCUUGCAGUGCACCCUGCAGCAGGAAGGACUCCCAGAGACUAUCGAUCUCACCAAGGAACCCCGAACAGGGUUUGGGCCAUCGGAUAUCACCAUCUGUGUCUUGGGCUCCCCUACUUCAUAUCUGUCGGUACUUCUAGAAGGUGGCAACCAGUGUCCUGGCAACAUGCUGCUGUGCCUGUCACCAGCCUGGCUCUCCAAAGUACCCUCAGAAACCCACCCAGGAGAGUCCUCUUUGCUGGUCUUCAAGGCUGUGACCUUUGAUCUUGGUGGCCGCACGAUGCUCGAAGAAUUUGCACCCCCGCGCCACGUCACCUACUUCACAGGCUACUUUGGGCCAUGCAAGGUGCAGGGCCAAUCGGCAGCAGAACUCGCCCGAGAUCUUGACUGCCCCACGGGAGGAUCGGGAGAGCUGGCUCGCCUGCUGGAGGACAAGCUGCUAACCCGACAGCUGAUGGACCAGCAAGCACGGGUGGCAGUGCCUCCCACCCUGGCCUUCACCUUCAAGCGGCCAUUGCCCCUGCGAAGCGUGACAGAGGAGCAGCGUGUCCGCAUGGUAGAGCUGAGUGGGCGUGAGGGGCAGGACAACCUGCUUCAGGAGGAAAUAACAGCCUUCUUGCAAAGCACUGCCAUGGAGACCUACAGCCAGGUUGUGGUGAAACCAUCAGGUUGGCGCUGGAAUGGCGCCCAAGCUGUGUCAUUCCAUGCCAAGGCAGAACAUGGCUGUGUCCUGCAAGCUGUCCUUACACUGCUGGAGACCCUGGAAGAGGAAGAGAGCAUCUUGCUGGAGGCCUUCAUUCCCACUGCACAUAUGGUCCAGCCUAGCCCUCCCAACACAAACAGCUCUCCAUGGAGUGUCCCUCCACCAACCACUUUGGCAAUCCGGAUAUGUGCUGUUGUCUGCAGAUCCCGAAAGGACCAGCCUCUGCUGAGCAAGGUUGUGUGUGGUGUAGGCCGGGCAGACAAACCCCUGAAGCACCAGGCCACCGUACCCCAGACUCUGGAAACCAGCCUGCGGCAGUGGGGUCUGAAGGAUGAGACCCAGAUUGCAGCCAUCUAUAUGCAAAUCAAGCAGAAGGCUGAGGCAGCCAUGAAAGCCUUCAUGGAUAUGGAGGCUGGCCUGUCAGCUGAACAAAGAGGUGGCCACCGAGCACAAACUGACAUUAUUGGUGUGGAUUUUCUCCUGAGCUCAGAGGAGCAGGUGCUGCAGCUGGUGGCCCUAGAGAUGAACUCGCAGCUGUGCUUGGAGACCUGCUCCAUCUUCGAGUCGAUGGGCCGGGUGGUGGGCUCCCCGCUGGGCGAGGUGGCAUGCCCCCUCGUGGAGACGAUGCUGCGCCGUGCACAGUGCCACCUGAUGGAGGGCAAACACGUGCUGGUGAUUGGGGCCGGCGGAGUCAGCAAAAAGUUCGUCUGGGAGGCAGCCAGGGACUACGGGCUAAAAAUCCACCUGGUGGAGUCCGACCCCAAUCACUUUGCCUCCCAGCUGGUGCAGACCUUCAUCCACUAUGACACCACAGACCACAAAAGGGACGAGGAGCAUGCCCAGCAUCUACUGGGGCUUGUGCAGGAACGGGGCCUGCACCUGGAUGGCUGCCUCUCCUACUGGGAUGACUGCAUGGUCUUGACAGCACUGAUGUGUGAAGGGCUGGGCUUGCGCUGCAGCUCCCCCACUGCCAUGCGCGUGGCCAAACAGAAGAGCCGCACUCACUUGCACUUGCUGCGGCGGCGCAAAGAGGGGGCCCGUUGGCCCUCAGCAGCUCUCUAUGCUGUGCCCUGCUGCCACCUGGAGAGUCAUGCUGAUGUGGAGCGAGCUGCCAGCCACAUCAACUUUCCUGGGGUCAUGAAGUUAGAGUACGGGGCAGGAGCAGUGGGGGUGAAGCUGGUGGAGGAUGCACAGCAAUGCCAUCUGCACUUCGACAAGAUUUCCAGGGAUCUACAGGAUGACUCUGACCAUCCAGGCAUCGGGCUGGGCUGGGGCAACGCCAUGCUGUUGAUGGAAUACGUGUCUGGAACUGAGCAUGAUGUGGAUCUGGUGAUAUAUGAAGGGAGGAUGCUGGGGGCAUUUGUGUCUGACAACGGACCCACCCGGGUACCCAACUUCACUGAGACGGCAGCCUGCAUGCCAACGUGUCUGCCCCCUGACCGUGAGGCACAACUCAUCCGUGCUGCUUACCAGUGCUGCUUAGGCUGUGGCCUCACUGAUGGUGUCUUCAAUGUGGAGCUCAAGUUGACAGCAGCUGGCCCCAAGCUCAUUGAGAUCAACCCCCGCAUGGGUGGCUUCUAUCUCCGCGACUGGAUCCAAGAGAUCUAUGGAGCCGACAUCAUGCUGGCCUCUGUCAUGGUUGCCUGUGGAGUGGCUCCAAUCUUGCCUGCCCGCUCUCGCCCCCGCACACACCUGGUGGGAGUGAUGUGCUUGGUCUCACAGCACUUGCAAGCCCUUAAGUCCACUGCCAGCUUGGAGGCACUUCAGGCCCUGCACGAGCGUGGGGUUAUCCGCCUCAACCUGCUUGAUGAUGAGCUGGUGUCCAGCGAGUAUGAAGAGCCCUACUGCAAUGUGGCCUGUGCCAGUUCUAGUCGCCAGGAGGCCUGCCUCAAGCUCCUAGGCAUCUGCCAAGUGCUAGGCAUUGAUUCACUGCACUACCCUGUCACCCAUUUCCUCUCUCAUUUCAAAUAGCCUUGGAGAAAUGGCUCCCUUAGUCUGAAGCUGCGCUUGCGCCUGCUCCAGCGAGGGAGCCUUGCCUGUCCCACCUAUGUUAUCCUUCCCUUUCUCCCAACUCAACACUGGGGGUUGCACUACACAGAUACCUUAUAUUCCUUCAGUUUUUCUCAAGUGGCUGCUGUCUCCCUCAGGAAGGAGCGUGGCACCAUCUGGUGCUAUCUCUGGUAAGUGCCACGCCCACAACACUCCCACCUUCGAACGGGCUCAUGUCUUCCUUUUGUGGGGAGGCGGAAGACCCUCAUAGUCCCACCGUUUUUCAGCCCUCUCUGUGAAGUCAUCUCCUUUCCUCUUUAUUUUCAGUUCUGAUUAAUUUCUCUCCACAUUAGUUCCUCAGUUGUUCGUUCCUACUGUCAUUAAUACAGGCAAGUUCCAGUCUUUUCAUCUUCUCUUUCUUCCACUGAGGAAAGAGUGUUGAUUCUAGCAAGGCAGCCCUUGCAGCAAAUGUAUCUCACACUUCCAAGCUGAGUGGAAGAGGAGCUGAGUCAGAUCUUCCAUCAACCAGUAUACUUCUCCAGUGAUCCUACAAGAACAAAGGAGCAUGUGCUGAAAUGAGCACUAGCCUUUUCCUAUGUUGAAAUCUGGUAUGCAAAUGCCCUCUACUUUACAAGCAAGCCCCCAAGCUUCUUGGCCAAUCUACUGUAACAGAAGGAUCAUAUGCAAGUCUUAUAAUAAAUAAGUAGUACUUAUAGAGUAGUAGAAUGUAAAGCACAUUAAAAGUUAGUUUUACUGGCUCAGCAUUUAAAAUCCCACAGCUAACUUCCACUCAAGAGCUAAAGAGCAUAUAUAGGUCUGUGCUCAUCGGAUGAUAAUAAGGAGCAAUAGAACAACUCUGAUUAACCACUAACAUACUUGCUUAGGGAGGAGAGAGGCCACGACACAAAUUCUUCCUGCUUGUUAAGAGAACCUGCUAUAAAUAAAUAAUCUGUUUGCUCCUGCAAUGCCCCAGAGACCCUGUAGUAGGAUAUCACUGUGACAACUUCCAAGCAUGUUGAAAUAACCUAUUAACAUAGGAGACGUUCCAGAGGAAGACAACAGCACCAGCACUCCUGAUUUUCCUUAAAAUAAAAAGCCUUCCAGUGUAACCCCAAUGCCUCUGAAGACCCUACACUACAAAGAAACCAUAGUGCCGGCACUCCGGACCAUUUCUGCAAUAACAAGCCAUGACCUUGCCGCUACUGAAUUGCAAUGAAGUAGCCAGGCUUUGUGCUUAGUCCUAGCAUCCCCAAAUAAGUAAUGUUACUUAGUACCAGCAUCCUUAAAAAUGACUAUAAUUGGCAUAAAGAGAGAAGCUAAAAUCAGUGCUCUAUUUGGUAUAGUGGAAGAGUCUCUGUCUUUUUAAUAGCUCACAGGCUUCCUGCUUCUUUCAUAACAAGUGGAAGAGAAAUGGCAGGAUAGGGCAACUAAAGGGCCUUGGAGGACAUUCCCAAGUCUUGUGAGGCUUGAAAUGACAGACUAUGAUCCCUUUGGGGGAGAGGGGAGGCAGGAACCGGGAACCCCACGGUGCCCAUGAUUGAGUGACUAACAGCAGGACCAUUAGUUAAGUAUGCCCUCCUAACAUGGGUUCAUGACCCUGCCUGCCUUCCUGCCUAUCCUUCCCCCACUUGUGUAACCAGGCAGGCAUAAUAGUUCCUCCCCCAAUAAAAUGCCUUGUAAAAAUA